AUGCGCUCGCCCGUCGCUGCCCUGCUUGUCUUCGCAGCCUCCGCGCUUGCGCAGAUAACCCUCGACCCACACAAGUGCUUCACGCUGUCGACCAACGGCACGCAAUACCUCGACUCGACGAACAGCGUGCUCGCCAUCCAGGUCCACCCCGACCGCGCAUCGCUCGAGGCCGGCGGCGACAAGGGCGUGCGCUUCCACUUUCCCACGGGCGACCGCGGGUGGGUCGUGUGCGAGGCGCAUGACGGGCACUUUGUGGGCACGACCAUCCCGCCGUCCAACUGGAAGACGGACAUUUCCCAGGGGUCCACCAGCGAGAUCGCGACCAUCGGCCUCGUCGACGGCGGCGCCGGCCCGAAUCCGAAGGCGUGGGUCAAUGCGACGCCGCGCCAUUUCAUUGGUGUGAAAGCGGACGUGGUGUCGGCGCCGUUUUACUGGGAUAUUCGCCCGAUUAAUUGUUUGGUGAACAAGUAG